AAAAUACAAACAAAGCCAGUUCAAAAUGGCGGAAACCGGCGAAAAAACGUUGUUGAAGGAAGUUGUUGAAUCGGAAGAUUUACUUUGUCCCCCAUCGAAAAAGCAAAAGAUAACAGACGCGGCGGAUGACGCUCAAGAGUCCAUUCAUACGAACAUAAAAAAUCUAGCUGAUUUUACAAUCGAUAAGGUAUUGAGUAAUAAUACGAAAUGUAAAUCGGUGUCCCUGUUGGGUUCGUUUGAGGGUGUUGAUGGAAAAGGUUUGGUGAUUUUGGAGAAAACUGCGUUUGAAGAUGAUCAUUUAACAACAAACAGUGAAUACUUUCAUAAAAACAAUUCGUUAAAUAAAAUUUAUCACAACAAUAUUUAUGGGAAUUAUGAGUAUUUAGUUAAUGGAAGCUUAAAUUGUUUAAAAGCAAUAAUUGUUCAUCCUGCGACUGAUAGAGAAAUUCAAAAAUAUUCCAUUAGUACAUUUCAUAUUGUAAAUGAAACUGGGGAAUUAUAUAAAGAAGUGGUUUUACCAAUUGUUGAGAAAAAGUGUGAUAAUAACCUAGAAUGGGUGUAUAACAUUUUAGACCAUAAAUGCGAAGCUGACAGGAUAAUUUACGAAGAUUCUGACCCUAAAAUUGGUUUUGUUUUAUUACCUGAUUUAAAAUGGAACGGAACUACUCUUGAUAAUUUAUAUUUAAUAGCAAUAGUAAAAGUGAGGGGUUUAAAAUCAUUAAGAGACCUAACCGAAGAACAUCUCCCAUUAUUAAGAAAUGUAAUGACUAACGGUUCUAAAGCAAUAGAAGAUAAAUAUGGGUUACCAAAAUCUCAACUAAGAAUAUAUCUUCAUUACCAACCUUCUUAUUAUCAUCUUCACAUUCAUUUUUCUUAUUUACGACAUGAAGCGCCUGGUAUUUUGGCUGAAAGGGCUCAUCUUUUAGCAAAUGUGAUAAAUAACAUUGAAUUAUUACCUGAUUAUUAUCAAAGGGUGACUUUACCGUACACAAUUCGCGAAACGGAUGAUAUAUUUAAAGCGUUUGAACAAAGUGGUGUGUUAAAGAAAGUUGUGAGGGAAAUUAAAAAUAAUGGGGACGAGAAAUAAUGCGUUUAAAAAUUUUAUAAUUGAAAUACGUCCGAAACUUCAAUCAAUUAAUGUUAUUGUAAAUUUAGAAUUAGAUGUUAAGUGUUUAGGAAAUAAUUGGGAUGUUAUUUAUGAUGGUAAAUCGUUUGUUGUGGGCACAAAAUUAUUUGAAAUACCAUAUAGUGACAAAUUUUUAGUUCCAGAUAAAAUUAGUUGUAUUAAUGUUAAUGAGAAUUUCUUAUCAUUUAAGUGUUUUACAAAAAAUGAUUUAGGCACAUUUUCAUCUCAAGUUCUUUUACCGGAUAUUCAUCAAAAUAAUCGAACCAAUUUAGAUAUAGAGAUUAAAAAAAACGUUGAUUAUCAGAUGCAAUGUAUUAAAUGCUCAACGUUUUUAUCAGAAAAUAUUUGUUUUAAAAAAAUCCUACCUCUUCCAUCAGAAAAUAUUGAUAGUUCUAAUUGGUUUUGCCACGGUCAUAAAAAUAUAAAAUCUUUAGAUCCAGAUCUAACCGAUUUCUUCUACAUUUAUUCUUACAUUCAUUUAAAUUCAAAUUUAUUUAAAAACAUUUCUAAAUCAUCUAUAAUUUCUUGUAAAACUUGUUCAAAUUGGUUAGGAGUUGUUUUAAAUUUUGAUUCAUUUAGAAUUUGGUCAAAUACUAUCUCUUUCUUACAUGACACUAAAUUAUUCAGCACUGACCCUUUAAAUGAUGCUUAUUUUGUAAUAAAAUCAUUAUUAAACGACUCAGUUCUUGGUACAUGCAAAAUUAUUUUGCAUUGUUUCAUUUCUGACGAUGAAAGUAAUUAUAUUCUUUUGUGGAUAUUAGAAAGAAAUAUUAAUGUUAUUUUUGGAACACCUAACGAUUAUUCAGAUAAAUAUGUUUCAAAAAUAUUAUAUAAAUAUGUUAGUGAUUGCGACGACUUGGUUACUCAAUGGGGUAAUGAUCCCAUAAUCCCCACAGUACAAAUAUCAAUCAAUAUGAUAGCCGAGUUAAAUAAAUAUUUAGAUAAAAUGAACUUAUUAUUACCGAAAAUAUUUUCUACAUCAAACGUAUUCAAAGUUUCUUAUUUACCACUUAAAUAAAUCAAAAAUUAACUGUUACUUCAAUUCAUAAAUAAAAUAAUUUUUUACGUA